AUGGGUUUCCUGAAUAGCCACUAUCGAUAUCAUUAUAUUUUAAUAUCCUUGGUAGAUACCGGCUGUUGGCUUAGCUUACGCUUUGUAUAUGAAUGUGACAAAUUCGAACUGAAGACAAAUCUACCUGUUUUUAAAGUAAAAGAAUCCAGUGUAAGGCGACGAUACAGUGAUUUUGAAUGGUUAAGGAAUGAAUUGGAAAGAGACAGUAAAAUUGUUGUGCCUCCUUUACCCGGAAAAGCUUGGAAAAGACAGCUACCUUUUAGAGGCGACGAUGGAAUCUUUGAGGAAGAUUUUAUUGAAGAUAGAAGAAAAGGUUUAGAAGUUUUUAUUAACAAACCCUUCCAUUGUAAAAAUGGACUGAGACAGGGAGAUGGGCUGUCGUGUCUCUUAUUUAACCUUGCGCUAGAAAAAGUAAUUCGAGAGUGUCAUAUUAAUACGAAUGACACCAUCUUUAAUAAAUCUGUACAGGUGGUCGGAUAUGCAGAUAACAUAGACAUUAUUGCUACAUCCACAGAAGCUAUGAUCGAAGCAUUUCGAUCAUUAAGGGCAUCUGCACUGAGAAUAGGAUUAAAAGUAAACGCACAGAAAACCAAGUAUAUGUAUUGUACUAGAUCAGGCAACCAGAUACCUGGACUAUUAAUUGAUGAUCUAGAACUGGAAGGUGUGAACACCUUCGUCUACCUGGGCUCGCUGCUGACCAAGGACAACAAUGUCAGCGAAGAAAUUAAUAAUGUUGUAAAAUGUAUUAAAUUAGCACGCCUUCAAUGGAUAGGACAUGUAAUUAGGCGAGAUGAAGAUGCAACGACCAGAAAAAUUUUCGACCGAAGAGGACGAGUGGGAAGACGAGCCAGAGGAAAACCAAAACUUAGGUAUCAAGAAAAUAUAGAGGAUGAUCUAAAAUCAUAA